CAAUGAACAAACGUAUAGCACAGCUGCUUACAUCUUUACUGCGCAAUUCAACCGCAUGUUUAAAGAAAGGUUACUAAAACCGAACUCACUGUGCGUAUCGCACACGCGUUCAUCUAAUAAGUGAUAUUUAUUGCAAGUACAAAAAUUUAUUAUUUUAUUUAUUUCCGUAAAAAUGUCUUCAAGAUGGUCCUAUAAGGCAGCAGAAAAAUUAUCAAUAGUUAAAUAUGCUGAGUCUAACGGAAAUCGAGAAGCAAGUCGUCACUUUUCCGUAAACGAAGCAAAUGUUCGAUUGUGGCGAAAAAACAAAGAAGCUCUACAAAUUAUGCCCAGGAAGAAAAAGUCGAAUCGGGGAUUACGACCUAGUUUUCCAGAACUGGAAAAGGCUGUAAUGGAGUGGGUAGUAGAUAAGAGACAGCAAGGUAUCGGAGUUUCGUGCAUUGAAAUCAGACUGAAAGCUCUAGAAGUCAAAAAAAUCUUGUGCCAACGCAACACAAUUCAAAGCUUUGUACGGAUGGGCAGUUUGUUUCAUGAAACGAAAUGGGCUUUCUGUUCGUAGAAGAACCACUAUUGCGCAGCAUAUUCCAGACGAUCAAGAAAAAAAAUUUCUUAAGUUCCAAAAGUUCGUGAUAAAAUUGAGAAAGAAACAUAAUUAUGAUUUUUCCCAAAUUGGAAAUGCAGAUCAAACACCCCUGACCAUUAUAAAAUGGGGACAGUAUCACGUAAAAUUAUAUUUGAUACAUAAAAAAAAAACACGCCCUUGGGAUAGGCUGCAUUUUAAAAUUUAAAAUUUUUUAGUAAUUUAUUUUUAAAAAAAAUAAUAUGCAUUAAAUUUACUUCAACUGUAAAUUAUACGCAAUAUUCAAAAAAAAUAUUUUUUUAUUAGAAAAACGCUCAUUUUCACAAGGAAUAUAAUUUCUGCGUUAAGUUUUGUUUUGCUGAGUAAUUUUUCUGAUUUCAAGUAAUUGUUUUGAAUUUUAAGAAACUUACUGGAUUAAAAUUAUUUUAAAGAUUUUUCAAAUAAAACAUUGAUAAGCAUUAGGUGCGUAUUAUAGUGGAAUUUUAAUUUUUCGUAGAAAUUUCGCGCAAAAUCAAGCAGGCGUAUUAUACACGAGUGCGUAUUAUAAUCAAGAUUUUACGGUAUAUACAAGUUAACUUAGUGGUUUUGUAACAUGUUUUUUUCUGACAAUUAAAGUCAAUUUUUGAUUGUUUUUAUUUAAAAUAUUUGGCUGGCCAUAAUAUUAUUUACAAAAUUUAAAUAAUUUAUCUUUUAAAGUAAUUUAAAAUGUUUUUGUUAUAAAGUUCUUUACUACGAAUUUAUGACAAUUAUUUUUAAUUUAUAAAGAACUCCUUUUUUUGAAUGUAAAUGGAUGACAAAGAUGAAAUUUUUUGUGGAACACAUAGUAAUAUUACUGAUGAUGAAGAAUCUUUCUGCUGUGGAACUACUAAUAUUGGUGAAAAUGAGAACGAUUCAUCAAGUGAGGAGGAUUUUAUAUCAAGCGAAGAUUCUGAUUAUGAUAAACUAUGCACUUCAGCAGAAGAAAAUUUGAAUAUUGAUGGCAUUAUUUAUAAAAAACCAAUGUAUGUAGCUGACUGGCUUGAAAUGUGUAACCUUUCUCAUCAAUUUGGUUCUGGAAUUUUUCUUAUUGACGGUGAUAGUUUGCUUUUAUCAGCAAUUUGUGAUGGUAACUUGAGUAAAACUCAUGGUGGGCAGACACUUCAUUGUGUUUAUCUUGUGGAACGGCAGCUGCAAAUAUUUGUCAGACGCAGAGGAAAAUUUCAUAUUGUUUUUUUUAAAGAUUCUCUUUUUGUUAAUGAACCACAAAAUCAACUAUUAAGAGAAAUUUUGAUUUUUCAUCUUAAAGAAGAAUUAAAUUUGACUAUUUUAGAUCAGUUUCAAAAUGCUUGGGACCCUUCUUUUGAAACAUGGGUUCAGAAUAUUAUUCCCAUCUUUUUUCUGAUGUUUGAUGUUUUUAAAAAUUGUCAGUAUCUAACUUUAUUUAUGCAAAUGGAAAAAAUUUUAAGCCUUCAAAUAAAUGUAGCGUUCAUUAACGAUAUUGUUGUUGGAAUGUCAUCCUUGAAAGGAUAUCAUAUUUUUGCAGAAAUAUUGAAAAAAAAUAAAGCAAGAGAAGUCAUGGUAAAAAACAUAUAUCAUGCUUUUUAUGAGAAACAACUUAAGUUGCAGGAUAUGUUACAGGUUGAUGUUCUAGAGUUUAAUGAUAUUCAAUCAGAAUUCGUUGCAGCAUAUUUGUUUAUUGAGCUACAUAUAUUAUCUCAGAAGUAUGUAGACUUUGCAAAACUAGUUGUACUUUAUGUUUUGGUUAAAAAAAAUUUACCUUUGCAGAAGAGAGCAUUACCUAGAAUCAAACAUAAUGUUGACUUUGAGUCUUUGAUAACAGAAUUCCAGCAAAUACUGAGUAAAGUUGUUCAUCUUCGAAGAGAGGUUGGUGUGAUGAAAAAAAAAUGA